AUGGAACUUGAUAUUGAUUUGGAAAAGAGUCAAAAUUUGAAAAGACUAUGUGAACCUAACCAACUUUCAGCAUCUAACAGCACUUUAUAUAUAGUUGAUUUUCAACACUUGUUAUGUUUUUAUAUAGAUAAUGUACUUACUUCUGCUUUACAAAAAUUUGUUAGUGAAAAAACAUGUUGGUUUAAAGAAUAUAGACUAUUAAAGAAGUCUCAACCAGUUGUAGCAAAUCUAUUUGUAAUUAAAUGUUAUAGUCAACCAUCUAAUCAACUUAAGAAUGUAUUGAAAGAUAUUACAGGCACACAUUACAAAAUGCUUGGCUCCAAUAAGGCAGUUUUGGAAGAAAGUAAUAUUCAAGAAAGAAAAAAGAACAAAUGUACUAAAUGCAAGAAGUAUAGGCAUAACAUUCAAACUUGUGAUGCUGACUAA